AAAGACUACACUUCCCAGGGUGCCCUGGGAGUCACAGUCUAAAGUGGUGCAAAAUGGCUCCCGUGGAGCACGUCGUGGCUGAUGCUGGAGCUUUCCUGCGUGGAGCCCCGCUUCAGGACAUUGGCAAGAACAUCUACACAAUCCGAGAGGUGGUGACUGAGAUCAGAGACAAGGAGACCCGCAGGCGGCUGGCGGUGCUGCCCUAUGAGCUCCACUUCAAGCAGCCUUUUCCUGAAUAUGUAAGGCUUGUGACGGAGUUUUCCAAGAAGACGGGUGACUACCCCAGUCUUUCAGCCACAGACAUCCAAGUCCUGGCCUUGACCUACCAGCUGGAAGCAGAAAAUGUUGGUGUGGCUCACUUGAAGAAAGAGCCAGAACAGAAGGUAAAAGUCAGCUCAACAAAGCAGCACCCUGAGACACCUGUUCAUGUUGCUGGCUUCCAUCUCCCUUCCAAGACCAAGUGCCCAGGAGGUGAGAAGAGUCCUUCCGUGGUGGGAAGCAGAAGCUCUGCAGACUCCACAGGCCCUGAAACCUCUGAGUUUGGUUCCUUCCUGUUCUGGAGGAACCCUCUGCCCAGCAUUGAGGAGGACCUACAGGACUUGCUGAAAGCGGAUGCUGUUGUUAUUGUGCCGGAGGACCCCAAAGGCAACAAGAGUAGUGGUGAGGAGGAGGAGCAGAGUGGCGAGGACAGCGAUGAUGGGGAAGGCUGGAUCACGCCCAGCAACAUCAAGCAGAUCCAACAGGGCAUGGGCCAGGCUGAUGAGCCAACUGGUGUGCAGGUUGGCUGUGUCACCACCGACUUUGCCAUGCAGAACAUUCUGCUGCAGAUGGGCCUGCAUGUGCUGGCAGUCAAUGGCAUGCUGAUCCGGCACACCCGGAGCUACGUCCUGCGCUGCCACGGCUGCUUCAAAACUACAUCAGAAAUGACCCGGCUCUUCUGCCCCCACUGCGGGAACAGGACGCUUAAGAAGGUGGCGGUGAGCGUGGAUGACGAUGGCAGCAUCCACAUGCAUUUUUCCCAGAAUCCAAAGGUCUUGAACCCCCGUGGCCUUCGGUACUCUCUCCCAGCUCCUCAGGGUGGGAAGCACGCAAACAAUCCCCACCUGACAGAGGACCAGCACUUCCCCCAGCAAAGGCUCUCCCGCAAGGCCAGGCAGAAGACAAACGUCUUUGACCCCGAUUAUAUUGCAGGAGUUUCUCCAUUUGCGGAAAACGACAUCUACAGCCGGGCGGCCAAUCUACAGAUCCGGGAUACGGCGCUGGGUGCAGGCAGGAGGCGUCUGAACCCCAACACAGCCUCCAAAAAGUUUGUGAAAAAGAGAUGAGGUGGGGAGAGAUGCAACCACCCACCUGUCCCACUUGUCAAUGAAGGGAGGACAAGUCUUUUGUUUCCUACAGCUUGUGUGAAGGCAGGACUUUGCCCCUUGACUCUGCUUCUUGACUGCUUCCAAGACAACAGACACUAGGGUAAAUAAAGGGGAAGCAGCAGGAAGGUGGGAGGCAGACUGCCAAACGAUCUGGAAAGUGAGAGUGGCCCUAGUGUGGCAGAAUCCAUGUGCUGCUCUCAGGUCUUGGGUGCAUUCUAAUGCAAAAGACUCAGCAGCAGUGGCUGCAUGUUUUGUUUUGUUUUUUUUAAUAAACCAAGGUGUCUGCA